ACAUAAUGCAAGGGUGGGAAACCUAUGGGCCUUCUGGUGUCGCUGAACUUCAACUCCCUUCAUCCCUGAUCAGUAGGCACAGCUGCUGAGAAUGAUGGAUGGGAUCCAACAAUAUCUGAAGGACCACAGGUUCCCCAUGCCUGUCAUAGCAGCUCUCCCUGGAUCUUCCAACCAGGAGGAAGUAGGGAUAUUUUAUCAGAAAAUUCCCUUCUUACUCUAACUUCCCUGUUCUUCUAAAGCAACUUCUCAGUCUCUUCCCCCCCCCAAUAUAGCAGCCCUGGAUGAUAUUAUUGAACCCCUAACCCCACCCCUCCCGGUCUCCUGGUUGCUAGGUGUAUGAAUACUCUAGAACUCCCAGGUUCUAUGACACUUCUCUGCAAUUCUGACACCAUUCAUGUUCCAGGCAGCCUCAUGCCCCAGGCCCACCCCUACCACCCCCUUAGGAAAAAAAGGUGUCUUGUCAAUCUCUGCAGUCCCUCUGGGGAGCCUACUGUGGGCACCAGCCCCACAUGGAACUGGCAUUCCCAAAGGGACAGAGAUAUGAGAUAUGAGCCAGCCUGGUCCGGCUUUAUUUCUUUGCCUACUGCUGGUCCUAGAAGGUACUAGUGGAAAUUUCUUCAAGCCUCUCACAUGCCACCAGGACUCCUCAGUUAAGAAAAAAUGUGGUGGCGAAGCAGAAAGUUUCUACCCUCACCAGUGCCAGCAGAAAAAAUGCUGUUAUCAUAACCAUACCUGCUACUACCAUGUUAUUGACGGUGCCAGACAACGUCGGAACGCAGGGAUCCUUGGCGGAACCUCCGUCAUUGUGGUCAUCUUCAGCAUGUGUCUUUAUUUCAGCUGGAAGUUUAAGGAGUUCCAAAAGAAGGAAAAAGAGUUUGACAGACCACGAAGCGAGGGCGAAAUAGCUGGUUAUCUGGUCAGACUCCUGGAUGAAGGAAGCGAACCUGAUGAAGACAGAGGGCAUGAGUCAUUAGAUGUGAGGGAUCCCUGGAUGCAGGGAAAUUUUUCACAACAGCCAGACUGGAUCCUGGAAUCGCGGGAACAACAGGGAGGAAUGGACCAGCGACAAUGGAGUCCAGAAAUGAGCCCAGAACCAAUGAAGCAAGUGGAAACAAUGAUGCCAGUAGCAAUGCCAGAACCAGCACCGGCACCAGUGCCAGAACCGCCACCGGCACUACCACCAGUGCCAGCACCAGCGCCAGCACCAUCACCAGAACCACCACCAGCACCAGCACCAGUGCCGCCACCGCCACCAGAGCCACCGCCGCCACCGCCACCAGAGCCACCGCCGCCACCGCCACCAGAGCCACCGCCGGCACCGCCACCAGAGCCACCGCCGGCACCGCCACCAGAGCCACCGCCGGCACCGCCACCAGGGCCACCGCCGGCACCGCCACCAGGGCCACCGCCGGCACCACCACCAGGGCCACCACCAGCAUAACAAACCAAUAUUGCCCAUAUAUUUAUUAUCUAUUAAUAAAAGAGUUUAGUUUUUUCCUCCCCCUUUA